CAAGCCAUGGCGCUGGGGCUUCAGCGCGCAAGGUCGAGCACCGAGCUGCGCAAGGAGAAGUCCCGGGAUGCGGCCCGCAGCCGGCGCAGCCAGGAGACCGAGGUGCUGUAUCAGCUGGCACACACGCUGCCCUUCGCUCGCGGGGUCAGCGCCCACCUGGACAAGGCCUCCAUCAUGCGCCUGACCAUCAGCUACCUGCGCAUGCACCGCCUCUGCUCCGCAGGGGAGUGGAGCCAGGUGGGAGCAGGGGGUGAACCAUUGGAUGCCUGCUACCUGAAGGCCCUGGAGGGCUUCGUCAUGGUGCUUACCGCCGAGGGAGACAUGGCUUACCUGUCGGAGAAUGUCAGCAAACACCUGGGCCUCAGUCAGCUGGAGCUCAUCGGCCACAGCAUCUUUGAUUUCAUCCAUCCCUGUGACCACGAGGAGCUGCAGGACGCCCUGACUCCCCAGCAGAGCCUGUCCAGAAAGAAGCCGGAGGCCCCCAGCGAGCGGUGCUUCUCCUUGCGCAUGAAGAGCACCCUCACCAGCCGCGGGCGCACUCUCAACCUCAAGGCGGCCACCUGGAAGGUGCUACACUGCUCAGGACACAUGAGGGUCUACAAGCCCCAGGUACAGACUUCCCCGGCGGGGAGCCCCGGCGGAGAGCCCCCCCUGCAAUGCCUGGUGCUCAUCUGCGAAGCCAUCCCCCACCCGGGCAGCCUGGAGCCCCCGCUGGGCCGGGGGGCUUUCCUCAGCCGGCACAGCCUGGACAUGAAGUUCACCUACUGUGACGAGAGGAUCGCCGAAGUCGCUGGCUACAGCCCCGAUGACCUCAUCGGCUGUUCUGCCUACAAGUACAUCCACGCGCUGGACUCAGAUGCGGUCGGCCAGAGCAUUCACACCUUGCUGAGCAAAGGCCAGGCAGUAACGGGGCGCUAUCGCUUCCUGGCGCGCAGUGGUGGCUACCUGUGGACCCAGACUCAGGCCACAGUGGUGUCAGGGGGCCGGGGCCCCCAGUCUGAGAGUAUUGUUUGCGUCCACUUCCUGAUCAGCCUGGUGGAAGAGACCGGAGUGGUGCUGUCGCUGGAGCAAACGGAGCGACACUCUCGCAGACUCACUCAGAGGGGCGCCCUCUCUCAGAAGGAAGCCCCGAAUCCUGGGAGCAGCCUUGAUGCCUCUGGUCCCCGGAUCCUGGCUUUCCUUCACCCUCCUGCCCUGAGCGAGGCCGCCCUGGCCGCUGACCCCCGCCGUUUCUGUAGCCCUGACCUCCGCCGCCUCCUGGCACCUAUCCUAGAUGGGACUUCAGUAGCUGCUACCCCCAGUGCACCCCCAGCCACACGGCGCCCUCGAAGUCCUCUUCCGGCUGAUCUUCCAGAUGAGCCUCUUGUGAAUGUGGAGAAUGCACACAAAGUCUUGGCUUCUGGAAAAGACCUUGAAGCAGUAGAGACAGAUCUAGGUAUAGCUCAGGACGUCGAUGCUCUGGAUUUGGAGAUGCUGGCCCCCUACAUCUCCAUGGAUGAUGACUUCCAGCUCAACUCCAGCGAGCACCUCCCCAGGGCCUACCACAGACCUCCAGGGGCUGUCCCCCGGCCCCGCGCUCGGAGCUUUCACGGCCUGUCACCCCCGACCCCUGAGCCCUCCCCGCUGCCCCGCUGGGGAAGUGACCCCCGGCUGAGCUGCUCCAGCCCUCCCAGAGGGAGCCCCUCAGCAUCCUCUCCCGUGGCUGGGUCUCGGAAAAGGACCCUGGCCCAGCGCUCAGAGGACGAGGCCGAAGGGGUGGAGCUGCUGGGAGUGAGACCUCCCAAACGGUCCCCAAGCCCAGGACCCGAAAACUUCCUACUGCCUCCCCUCAGCCUGAAUUUCCUUCUGACAGGAGGACCAGCUCCGGCAAGUCAGCAGGAUCCCAGCACCCACCUCUUGGAACUGAAUGAGCCCUUGGGCCUGGGCACCUCGCUGCUCUGUCUCUAUCCGGAUGUAGACAACGCCCAACCCAAGAGCCGCUUCCAGCCAGCAGCGGGCUUGGCCCAGGCCAACUGAGCCAGCCUCUCUUCCCAUCUCUCCUCCCCUCCCCAAAAAGGACCUCAACCACACUCCAAGCCGGCAGCCGACGCACAGGAUGGGGGAGCCAGGACAGUGACUCCCCUUCCCUCUCAGUGGCCCUUGCCUGCCUCGGGCCUACCUCAGGCCCUACCCCACUGCCUAUACCCCAUCUGGGGGCUCUUUGGGGUGGUCUCAGCUCAGCGACCUCUGGGAGGGGGUCCCUGGCCCCCUCCCCCUCCUUCUCUCAGGACUUCCCUUGGGGUUCUUGAUACUAGUUACCUCAU